GUGACUUCUGGUUUUCUAUUCUCUGGGGCUGAUAAGGACUCACCAUGUACUUCCUUCAACGAGAUUUUGGGAAAGCAAUCGGCGCAUUAUUUCUUUGUCAUACUCCAGAAAUGGGAAAGAACCGUCAGUAGGCUUGUAAACUGCCAUUUUGACCCGCCCCCUUACCUCCUUCGGUGUGAUGCGCUACAAUUGGAAUUUAUUUAAGUAUCCAUCAUCGUCAUGGGUUUGGAAGCUACGGUUGUGUGUGUGGACAACAGCGAAUGGAUGAGGAACGGAGACUUCGUCCCGACGCGGAUGCAGGCCCAGCAGGACGCGGUGAACGUGGUGUGUAGGAUGAAGACCAGACAGAACGCGGAGAACACCGUGGGACUCCUCUCACUAUCAGAUGCUCAGGUUCACGUGACGCUCACCUCAGACCAGAACAAGAUAUUCAAGGCCCUCCAGCCCCUGGAGCCAAAGGGGUCCGUCAACUUUGUCACUUCUCUCAGGAUUGCCCACGUCAGUAUUAUACAAACCCCCUUGGCUCUGAAGCACCGACAGAACAAGAACCAGAAGAUGAAGGUUGUGGCAUUCAUCGGCAGUCCUCUAACUGUCUCUGAUAAAGAGCUGACCAAGCUGGCAAAGAGGUUGAAGAAAGAGAAGGUCACGAUUGAUAUUGUCAGUUUUGGAGAGACGGAAGAAAAUGCUGAGAAACUGAAAAAGUUUAUUGAAACUCUGAAUGGCAAAGACAGGACGAGUCACCUGGUGACAGCUCACCCGGGCCCUCUGCUAUCAGACAUUCUCCUCUCGUCUCCAAUCUUCACUGACGAGGAGGGGGCUCCCCUCGUUCCCCUGGGACAGGGGUUCGAAUUUGGCAUCGACCCCACAGAAGACCCUGAGCUAGCAAUGGCACUGCGUGUGUCAAUGGAGGAGCAGAGACAGAGGCAAGAGGAGGAGGUCAGGAGGGCCACGCAGCAGUCUAACGAACAGGGUCCUCCCCCCACCAUCACCGAGGACAGUGGUGUGGUGGUGAGUCAGGAGGGUGGAGGGAUACUGGCACAGGCUCAAACUGCUGAACUGCCAUAUAAUCCAGUCAGUCACUACAACACUACUCUUCCCUCUGUUAACAUUCAGUUGUCCUCACUGCAGGCUUUUGCAGGGAUGGCAACCUCAGAGUUGACGGAGGAGCAAGAGUUGGCCCUGGCUCUCCAGAUGUCCCUGCAGGGAGCCGGCAUGAGUGGCCUACUGGAGCAGGCCAUGGAGACCGAGACCACACCCACUGUGGCUACCGACGGGGGAGAGCCAACUGGAACUACUGAAGUACCCGAGGAUUCAGACAGUAAGUAUCGGUUGUCAUACCACAUCCCACUAAACUCUAGACAGGAAACUUUACAGCUAAUAUGUCAUUGGAGCGGAGAUGGAGGAGCUGAUGCAGAACAAGGCGUUCCUGGAGUCUGUUCUGAGCACUCUGCCCGGGGUGAACCCGAGCAGGCCCUCAGGAACCUGCGGGAAAUGACAGAGGCCUCCACCUCCUCCUCGGCCCAGGCACAGGGCGGGGGAGGAGGAGGAGGGGAGGGGAAAGAGGAGGAGGCAAUGGAGCUAGAGAAGACUGAGAGCAAAACGAAAGACCAGUGAUGAGCUGCUUCAUAUCUAAACCCAUAAACUUGAGUACACCCGUCAGAGUAAUAAUCACCGCAGAAUAAACUGCUUCAUUGAAAGGAAACAAUGAUGCAUUCUUUGAAGUUGUAUACCUGUGCAUAUAAUAAUAAAUAAUGGCUGCCCCUAUAAUUGUGAGCUAGAUUAGAUUUCUGCACUGUGUGUGAGGACAGUAGUGAUGUCUCUGGUGCCAGUCUGUUGUCUCUCGGCCAUAGUCUCUGAGAGUUUCUGCACCGCAGAGCCAGUGGAGUCUGCCACAAGUUUUGCCACGUGGGCUGCCUUCUCUGCCGAGCUCCACCCCACGGGGUAGCUAAUGACAGCCGGGGUGUGUGUGGGGAGUGGGGGGUGAGCGUGUGAGGGUGGGGAGGUGGUGUGACUUGUGUGAGGAGUGGGCGUGUCCAGUGUGGGAGGGGUGUGCAAGUUGGGAGCAUGGUGCAAGGUUGUAUUGAGGGGGAGGGUUGACUGUCUUUCAGUGAUGCUAGUCUGUGCUGGUCUGCGAGGAGACCCUAGGUAAGAGGCCUCGUCACCUGAUGAAUACCCCUGGGAAUCCACCACCAGAUGCCUAUGGUGGUAGUAAUGAGGAUCGUGCUUGCUCGGGGAGAGGUCAUCCCAGGUCGAUGCGAUAUUUGGAUCACUGUGGGUCCUCCCUCGGUCCGUCUCUUCCUCGGUGACCCUCCUCUGAGAGAGUUUCUGGACCGCAACGCCGGUAGAAUGGGCCACUCUCUCUGCAGUCUGUUCCAGUGUACUCAGAUCUGGUGGUGGUAGAGUGGCAGUGUCUCCAGCAGCUAUGUGAGAUGUGUGGGAAUGAGCUGAUGAAGUAGAGUGGCAAGAGAGGUUCGGCCCGGUUGCUGGUGCAGUGGGUGUCCUGUUGGGACGAGGCAGAGUUGGAUUUUCCUCCUCCUGUGAGCUCGUCUCCUCCCCGAGUGGUGGUUGUGGUGGUGGGAGCGAGAGGCAGGGUCUUCGUUUGUAGUUCCACUGCCGGCACUGGUGUUGGCGAGUCUCUGGGCAGUACUGGGACGACUGCCAGCCUUAGAGUCAGGCGAGAUGACUGAGGAUUCUCGUGAGGUGAGAAAUUGCCAGGGGUCU